CAGUCAAACACCCCCAACAUUCUUCUCUAUUAUUUAUUUUUAUCCUUAAAAAAAAAUUUAAAAAGUAAAUUAUUCUUCUCCUUACAGGUUGUCUUUGCUCGCACUCUCCUCCCCCCUUCGUUCCUCGGCUUCAUCUCCCGCCGUCCGUUCCGCAGCAAGCCUCUUGAAACUUUGUUGUGGAUGGGCACAUCAUCCGGCUCCAAUCAUCCUCACCAAAUGUUACCUCCACGUCAGCAGCUCCGAACCGGAGGAGGUCUAGAAACAACUCUUUCGCUGGUCUCACACGAUGGCCAUGAGCCACGUUCUAACAACAACUCCGACACCGUCCGCGAGUCUCCAGCCGAGAGCGCCAGCUCUCAAGAGACGUGGCCACUCGCUGAUCCCGCUACGGCGAAGAAGUCGCCGGUGGUGAGACAAAAGACCGAGCCUGAUUCCUCCUCUCAGGAGCAGCAACAACAACAACAACAACAACAACCAGUGAUGCACCGUGUCUCUAGCGCAGAUAGAGUAUCUGUCCGGGACAUAGCUAGAGAAAGAGUCGAAACAGUCGCCGAGAGGAUGCACAGGUUGCCUGACGAGUUUCUCGAGGAGUUGAAGAGUGGUCUGAAGUCUGUACUCGAGGGAAACGCAGCGCACAGCGCCGAGGAGUUCGCGUUCUUGCAGAAGCUUGUUCAGAGCAGAUCCGAUCUGAACUCUGCGACGACGCUUGUUAGAGCUCACCGUGCGCAGCUCGAGAUCCUUGUAGCGAUCAACACAGGUAUCCAAGCGUUCUUGCACCCCAACAUAACUCUGUCACAGUCAUCUCUCGUGGAGAUUUUCUUGUACAAGAGGUGCAGAAACAUACCCUGCCAAAGCCAGCUACCGGCUGAUGAUUGCCGCUGCGACGUAUGCGCCAACAGGAAAGGGUUCUGUAGCCUUUGCAUGUGUGUGAUCUGCAACAAGUUUGACUUUUCUGUGAACACCUGCCGUUGGAUCGGAUGCGACUCGUGUUCCCACUGGACUCACACGGAUUGUGCUAUAAGAGAUGGACAGAUCACCACGGGUCCGGGUGAGAUGUUGUUCAAGUGCAGGGCGUGUAAUCACGCUUCUGAGCUGCUGGGGUUUGUUAAAGAUGUGUUUCAGCACUGUGCACCGAACUGGGAUAGGGAGUCUUUGGUGAAGGAGCUUGACUUUGUUAGUAGGAUCUUCAGAGGAAGUGAGGAUCAAAGAGGUAGGAAACUGUUCUGGAAGUGUGAGGAGCUUAUGGAUAAGAUUAAAGGUGGCUUGGCUGAGACAACAGCUGCUAAACUGAUAUUAAUGUUCUUCCAAGAGAUCGAGUUAGACUCUGGUAAGAGCUUUGAAAAUGGAAGUCUGAUAGCACCUCAAGAUGCAUGCACCCGAAUCGCCGAAGUUGUGCAGGAGACACUGAGGAAGAUGGAAGUAGUGUCCGAGGAGAAGAUGAGAAUGUUCAAGAAGGCACGGAUGGCUCUCGAGACGUGCGACAGAGAGCUGGAAGACAAAGCCAAAGAAGUGGCGGAGCUGAAAGCAGAGAGGCAGAGGAAGAAGCUUCAGAUAGACGAGCUGGAGAGGAUCGUGAGGCUGAAGCAAGCGGAGGCGGACAUGUUCCAGCUUAAAGCCAACGAGGCAAAGCGGGAAGGCGAGAGGCUGCAGAGGAUUAUGUUGGCGAAAACGGACAAGUCCGAGGAGGAGUACGCGAGUAACUAUCUGAAGCAGAGGAUGAGCGAGGCUGAGGCGGAGAAGCAGUAUCUGUUUGAGAAGAUUAAGCUGCAGGAGAGCUCGAGGGUUGCUGCAGCGUCACAGAGCAGUGGUGGUGGAGGAGAUGCGUCGCAGGUGUUGAUGUACUCAAAGAUACGUGAUCUGCUUCAAGGGUACAAUCUCUCGCCUAAGGUAGAUCCUCAGUCAAAUGAGCGCCAUCCGUUCAGAUCCAACCCUUGAUGCUUCUCUUCCCUUUUUAUAUAUAAUAGUUUUCAUAUCCUAUAAAACUCUUUGUAAACCGAAUGUUUUUAGCGUUAAUAACUCUAUCAACUUGUUAUUCUA